AUGGCUGACACAGGCGACGCUACGCUCUCGGACCGGCUCAACCCGACCCACCCGGCCUACGACGCCGACCUCAAGCGGCGGUGGGCCACCAUGCCCAAGGCCGAGCGCAAGGCCAUCGUCGAGGCCGACCGCCAGACCAUCGCCGCGCGCCACGCCUCCGUGGAGGACAUUCGCCACCCGUUCGCCACCGACGAGGAGGACCACUGCGAGACCGGCGCCGAGUGCUUCGCCGACAUUGCCCCGCUCCUCGCCCAGUACGCCGCCUGUCUCCGACGACCCCAAUCCACCACCAAGACCAGCGCUGCUGAUGAAGAAGAAGACGAAGACGGUGAUGAUGAAGAUGAAGAAGAAGAGAGUGAAGAAGAAGUGGAUGAUAAAGAAGCGCGAGCGUCGCUGAAGAUCUACGAUCCGUACUACUGCACGGGCGCGGUGGUGCGACACCUGGGCAAGCUGGGCUUCGCCGACGUUUACAACCGGUGCGAGGACUUCUACGCCGCGGCCGAGGCCGGCCGCACGCCGGCCUUCGACGUGCUGCUCACCAACCCGGCCUACUCGGGCGACCACAUCCCGCGGCUGCUCGACUUUGUGGCGCGCGAGGCGCUGGCCAAGGACCGCGCCUUUGCGCUGCUCAUGCCGGCCUACGUGUGCGGCAAGGACUACUACGCGCGCGCGGUCGAGCGCCACCCGCGGCUGGGCGAGAUGGCCUUCCUGUGCCCGCGCAAGCGCUACGUCUACUGGACUCCGGCCGGCCUGCGCUCCAAGCGUCAGGCCCACUCGUCGGCCCUGGGCAACCGCACGUCGCCCUUCGUCACCUUCUGGUACUUCCACUUCGGCCGGCACCACCAGCGCGUCGUGCAGUGGUGGCAAGCCCAGGUCCAGCGACAGCGCAAGGCCAGCAAGAACACGAAAACGAAAACGAAGAAGAAGAAGAACGAAAGCGAAAGCGAAGACGAAGACGAAGAAGAUGAGGAGGAAGAGGAAAAGAAGAAGGCGGGCGGUCUGCUGCCGGACUGCGUGCUGGCGCGCGACGUCAAUUCGCUUCCGAAGGGCGUACGACCGGAGGCGGGAAGGUCUGGUGGACCGCCGCUAGGGGGCCAGAAGCGACGCUUCGAGGAGGCGAUCGGCGGCGGGCGAGGCGGGCGCGGAGGCCGCGGCGGUGGUCGCGGCGGUCGCGGUGGCGAUGGAAGGGGCGGCAGCUGGCGCGGUGGUGGUCGCGGCGGCGGCGAUCGUGGAGGGCGUGGCGGGCGUGGUCGUGGCGCCCCUUCGGGCGAUGGCGGAAAGCGAUUCAAGUCCCACCACCCGCAGCCUCCGAGUGGCGGCGGCGCCACGAUGCGAGGCGCCUCACAAGGGCGACACACUCGAUUCGACUGA